ACAGCUACUAGAUGGAGCUCAACGUUUUCGAAGGUAAAAAAAAAAGAAAAAGCCUCGAUUUCUCGCGUGCCCCUGGAAGCUUGUAUGUACAGUACUGUGCAGGGAAGACGUCGACGACGUCGGAACGAAUGACAACUAGAAUAAAUCGGCGUCGUUACAAUUAAUCUUCACGCUCGUAGAAACUACGCCACUUAAAAGUUGCUAAUGUUGAUUUUCCGUGGUGGUAGUACUUGACGUAUAAACAAACUCGGUGAACUGAAAGAGUGAAAAGAAUUUAAAAAAAAAAUGGUGAUAUCUCAGUGAAUCCGCGAGACAACUUACCGAGUUGAAAAAAAAAAAGAAAAAACUUCAAUCCGUGAGAGUGGUCUGAGGGAGCGAGAGAGACGAGAGCGCGUUUACGGUUGUAUUUUUAUGCGUGUGUAUUCGUAAGACGAUGUGGGUGUCGCUCUCGUAAUAUAUAUCGUCGAAAGAUCCUGCGCGUGUUUUUUUGUGCUUUAUACCGGGUACAGUGUCCUGGGCGUAACCCAAAGGGUGCCUUACUCUGAAAAACCGAUCGUGUUAUUCUUUUCCAUGUUUCGUUCCAUCGGAGCAGAAAAACGAUCAUCUUAUCUUGAAAUCCUUGACGAACGAACGUGUUUACUUCUUCAAACAACAGAAAUUACAGGAAACCCCAGAAUAGAAGUGAAAAGUACGGUCAAUGGGAAAUGAAUUGAAGUUUAUAAACUAUACAGAGAUAAAUCCGUUGAAAUCAAUUCCUUCGCGUUGUAAAUGAAGUAAUUCGAAUUCUGUCCAUCCCCGACGUCUUUUCCCUCAACGAAUAACAGAAUUCAAAUCGCCUGUCACAUUAACUUACUGUCCUAAAAUUUUUUUUCUCGUUCAAUCGCAUCGUGCGAUGUCGACCGAACAACGAAGAUCGUCAGAAAUCGAGGAUCGUUUCGUACGGAAGUUACAGUACCAAAAGCGGCGCUGACUUUUCUUACCUGAGGAAAAAAGGGAGAAACAGAGACCGAGUGAAAAGAGAGGAAAAGGGUGAGAGAGAGAGAGAGAGAGAGAGAAAGAAAGAGAAAAAGAAGACAAGAGCAUUGUCGAUCGUGGGAACGGGCUGUCGGAAAGAUAAAGAAAUACUUUUGUGGUGUAGCCCCCAAUGAAGAAAAGUCGGAAUAAUAGCUUGGAAUAAAACGUUUAUGAAACACAAAUAUUGAUAAAAAAAGAAAAGUAAAUCAGGAGUGCAAAGAAAUACAUACAAACGAUUUUCUACAUUAUUCACCGUAUAAGCAACAAUUUUCCCUGUUACUACACAAUUAACUACAAUAUAUACUUUUUCUUUGUCAAAUGCGUGCUCUGAAGAUUUCGUAUUGAAAUUCCCAUAUUCGUACACCUGUAUUCAUAAAGAAUAUUUGCCAAAUAUUUUGUAUAUCUCAAAAGAAAAUCCUAAACUCUAUUCCGGCCAAUGUGUGACUCGGCCGACGCAUACGUCCACAAGCUUGGCUAUCUCCAGCUAGGGUGCGACGAGCCCUCGACCGAGCACAGCCAUGGUCGAGUGUCAAGCAGUUCUAGGCCGGAGGCUCAAGUGCCGGUCCUCCCAAGGGCAGCAAGUUUGCAGCAUCACUCGACACGUGAUUCCACAAGGUCUACGAGGUCUCUGGGCGGCACGGAUAGUUUUGGAGAUGGGAAUUCCAGUUUGGGGUCAACAGGGCCUGAAAUUCCAUUGCCGGUUGGGAGACAAGGUGCUCUGCCUGCACCACCAGAUUACAAAAUGUAUGAAAGGGAAAAUAUGAUAGCGGCUUCAAGAUUUGCACCUCCUAAAGCCGGGGAGUGCAUUACUUCCGCUAUGGGUCAAUAUCAUCACAAUUUGCAACAUCAAUCUCGAUCGCAACAGCAACAACAAGCCCCUGUUUAUGAAAAUAUUGAAUAUUAUCCGCAACAACAAGCUCCUCCUUACUAUCAUCCUGUCGACGUGCGCAAAAGUCCCAGAGGCAGCCCACGCGGCUCCGUUUCUGGCGACAACUAUGAAGCCACUUUUCGUAAAGCUCAACCUCAAGUUCCGACUGGCAAUCGAUACCAAUCCUCUUCUCCGGCUAAAGAACUACCACCCUACGAAGCACCUCCUGUUUACGAAAAUAUCCAGGAAGUUGGACACUUUGAAAAUGACACUUCGCAACAAAACAAAGCAGCUCCUCAGGUUCCCAAUUAUUAUCAUCCAGCCAAUCUCAAUGGGGGAGAUUAUGUCGUCAUGACCGGAAAGCAACAACGCGGAAACCGUGGUCAAAGUUACGACGGAACAUCACUGUCGCGAGUUGUGUCAUCACAGCAGGAAUCGCGAUAUCUCUCGGGUUCGACAUCGUCUUCAGCGGAUCUGCAGAGUUCGCGUAGUGCAGCGUAUGUUCCUCCAUCGGAGCUGCAAACACCGGCUCGGAGCUACAGUUAUCCCUCAGAUCCGCAACAGCAGCAGCAACAGCAACAACAAAAUUCGCCGCGGUUGAGUAAUCCUUACCACAGCGAAUCACCGCCGAUACGUUUACCACCGGAUACAAGUUUGCAUUAUCGUGGUACGAUGCACGAGAACUCAAAUUCGACGGGUUAUCGAGCUGGUUCGUCCAACGAGACGUUGCCUCAGGUGCCGCAAUAUCGCCCGGACAAUUGCCAACUUUACAAGCAGUACAUCGAGCAAUCAACUUCGCGAAACAAUUCUUCCCACGGCUACGAAGCCCAAACUCGAAAUUCGCCGGUUUACAGUGGCAACGUUCGCGCCGGUGAAUUAUCCCCGAAUUGUCGAAACUCACCGACCGUUUAUUCGACGAGGAACACGAGUCUUCCAGGCGCCACGAUCACCAGCACGAUUCCACAGAGCGACAGAACGUAUCAUCGCACUUCGGAGAGCCGCGAUGAUUUUCCAGCGAGAAAUUCGCCGGUUUAUUCGUCGGCGCGUUCUGACCAAACUACUCGCUUAACCAACGUUCAACAAACCGAGAGAAAUUACGCUCCGGAAACGGCUGAAACGACGAGAAACUCACCGGCGCUUUACGCUUCGUCGAGAGAACAUUGCCCUACCGGACGCAACGAAACCUCCCGAAAUUCUACCAUUUACCAACAAAACAAUGGCACACGAUUGUCCCCCAAAACUAGUCCCACACAUGGACAAAUUGGCAACGAUCUCACCAGCCAAAAUCACGGCGUCACUGCCAGACAAGUCCCAACUUCUUUCGUUACCGCCACAACCGGGAGCCCCGUACGUGGACAAGUUCAAGCACCUGUUUCAAGCGCCGCGACUACUAACAACGAAGAUUUUUCACUUACUGGACCCAGAAUCACUAGUCUACCGCCUGGCGUUACCAGCGGCGUCGCUGGUCCCGUUUUUCUCAAUGCCGGCGUUCCCGUACUUCAGAGAGCUGUCGAACCCAAUAUCGAUGCCAGACGAUCCGCCAGUCCACCUGUUAAGCCUGCUCCUGGCAAAGGACUAUUGCCCUAUAACGUCACGCCGCCGAGACCUUCGGGUCCUACCGAGGCUGAGCGUAAGAUAGAAGAACUGACGCGGCAAUUGGAAGAAGAAAUGGAAAAGCAGGAAGAAGAAGGCGAAUAUUUCGGUAUUUGUCACACUUGCGGUGAGAAAGUAACGGGAGCUGGGCAAGCUUGCCAAGCGAUGGGAAAUCUCUAUCACACUAAUUGCUUCAUUUGUUGCUCCUGUGGACGGGCACUUCGCGGCAAAGCUUUUUACAAUGUACAUGGACGCGUGUACUGCGAGGAGGAUUAUUUGUACUCUGGAUUCCAACAAACGGCCGAAAAGUGUGCUAUUUGUGGCCAUCUCAUAAUGGAAAUGAUUUUACAAGCGAUGGGCAAAUCUUAUCAUCCGGGAUGCUUCAGAUGUUGCGUUUGCAAUGAGUGUCUCGACGGAGUCCCAUUCACGGUUGACGUUGACAACAAAAUUUAUUGCGUCAACGAUUAUCAUCGAAUGUUUGCGCCAAAGUGUGCCUCGUGCGGAAAAGGAAUAACGCCUGUUGAGGGCACAGAAGAGACCGUUCGGGUUGUUUCGAUGGACCGCGAUUUCCACGUGGAUUGUUAUGUUUGUGAAGAUUGUGGAAUGCAAUUGACUGACGAGCCUGACAAGAGGUGUUAUCCUCUCGACGGUAGACUAAUGUGUCGAGCUUGUCACAUACAGAGAAUUUCUCACACUCAACCACGUGCACCUCAACCUGUUUCGGCAAGUUAUCAAUUUAUGGGUUAAAAUGCGGAGUGACGUAUUACAGUGAUAACGAAAAAUCGUCGAAAGUUAGACGUCACUGUUCUUCCAAUCACUGAUCAUCCUGGAUGGAAAAAUUGUCUUCUCUCAGAAAGAUCGGCACUGGAAAGUCAACGAAACUUGUGCGAAUGAAGCAAAAAGAAAUUAUCAAGCCAAAAGUUGUAUAAUUCUCAUCCCGCGUCACAAUAUGAUUAAGAAAAAUUCUUUAGUCCAUUGAAAACUUGACAAAUACCAGUUUCUUCGAAUGUAUGCGAAUCAAAAUAUUUCAAACAUAACACAAAUUUCAUUUCAAUGAAUCUUCUUGUCAAUUUAUUUCCUCGUUGGCAAGAAAUUUCCACAAAAUUGGAUACUCAUAAAAUAUCUAGAGACGCGGAAGCGUCUGUUAGAAGAUAAUCCUGAAAUUGUAAAAGAUCUUCAAAACCAUUUCAAUAUCGUGCUCUCUGAUGCCUCAUAGGACUGAAUAAUCGACUAAAAGCGAAUAAUAAUCAAACGAAAACGUGCUUAAUAAUCGUGUCUAUGUACGAAAAGGAAAAAAAUCAUGUGUAAUUGCUCGAUAACCGUAACUAUUGUUGAAACAUUAUUGUUAAACGCAAUUUACAACAUUAUAGUAUUAUGAUAUUAUCUAUAUCGUAUGAUAUAUAUUAAAUAUAUAUGUAUAGAUUAUAUUUAUGAAUUGUAGCAAUAAAUACUGCCCAAUGUACUCCCCAAAGGAAGGGAGAUCGCGGUGCGACGUUAUAAAAUAACGAAAAUUAGAUUAAAUGUAAUUCGAAUGAAAAUCACGUGGAAAGACUUAGCAAUCAAAUAUCCAAAAACUGGAACUUAAUUGAAACUAUAAAAAGUGAAUUAGGAUUAGUUCGAAUUAGAAACUGUCGGUAAUAUAUCAGAAAAACGCAGUUUGUAGUAAGCAUAAAUUGAACAAUUAGUAAUUCAGUCAAUGAAAAGCCUAAGAACUUCAGCAAUCUAAUUGAAAAUAUAAUAAAACGUUCGUUACUAAGUAAAAAAAAAGAUUUAAUCUAUGAAUAAAUUUUGAAUAUUCGAUCGAGUUUUUGAAUCGCUUGAAAAUAUGAACGUUCGUUUCGAAUUAUGUUGAUUCGUUGUUUAAUGUACCAAGACAUACGCGAUCGUCGCUCGUGUCCACAAAAAGCCGGGCAUGAUGGGUGAGUUGCGAAGGCAACUGUGAUAUAAUAGCAUAAUAAAAAUGGAAAUAGUAAUGAGUUGAAAAUGUAAGAAAAAUCUCCAUUCGUAACCACUCUGGAAUCGUCAUGUAUAUUUAUGUCUAAGAGAUAUUUUUUGUGUCACUAUUACAUUCCAAAACUCCCACCGUUUAUCCUUCGUGGAAAAACUUUUUUAUUUUCGGUCAGCGAAUAAGAUUUUUCGGCCCGGACCACUGUUUGGAUUGUCUUUCACCAACUGCUUGGGAAAUAUGAAAACAACAAUUAUUUUCAAACAUUUCUCGGGCGUGAAAAACCUCGACGCACGUUCUUUCAUCGUGAACACAAAUUAUACAAUAAUAUUUAAAAAAGGCAUAAACUACUCCAUUUUAAUAUAUUACGAAUAAUAAUGGAGAGAAAAACAAAACCGAUACCUACGACGCAAGAUUAUAAAUUAAGUACCAGCGACGUUUAUACUUUUUUAUUUCGAAUCGAUAACAACUUAUUAUUCUUCGUUAUUCUCGAUGUCAGUUUUGUGAUAUUCCAAAAAAUGUUCGUAUUACUUACUAGCGCCUAAUCACCGCACUGAAAGUGGGCAAUGUUGUCUCCAUAUAUUUAUAACAAUUCGUAUAACCGUAUCAACUGAAACUCUGAGAAACUCGCAAUUUAUCCACAAAAUAAUGUAAUGAGAUAACCCAAACCUCACGAAAACUUUAUGCUCAUAUGGAGAGAAAAAGAAACGAAGCAACUUUUGUUGCUAUGACAAACGAUUUAUGUACGCACAAAUCAAGCUGCCAAAACAAAUGUUUCAUUGUUGUCUAACACUGACCUAUUGAAAAUACAAUAAUAUCUGUAAUUAUCUCGUAUGCUAUUAUCUCAGAACUUUAAGUAGGAAGUAAUUUGUAGAUAAAAGUACAAUUUUUAUUUAAAUGAAUGUACGCGAAGGUGAAUUACCAGUUUAUUUUUUAUUAUUAUUAUUUUUUUUUUAAAUAAAUACUGAAACUAUCUGGAUUUUUUAA